AUGGCCUCCCUCCCUCCAAUCAUUUCUUUGUACAUUGCUGGCAUCUCGCCCUUCAUAAACUUCAUUAUGAUCGGGGUUGCAUGGUCUGCUUCCCUAAUCCCGCUCCUAAUUAUGCUGUUCUACUUCUCCACACCGGCCCUUCGUCUCCAACCCAUAUUUAUCAUGAACGUGCUGUCCGUGGCCGUAGGCAUUGCGCUUGGUUUUGAGAUUUCAGCCACAAGUAUCAAGGGCAUUCGCCACCCCGACGAGCCGUCUGACACGAAUACAGUCAUUGCAGCGAUAUCCAGCGCUCUUCUCCUCACGGUGUUCAUUGAUGUCAUUCUCGCGUUUCGUCUUUAUGUUGUGCUACCGCGCCGCACCACAUCAAAGUCCCUUCUCUGCAUCGUUUUUGUGCCACUUGCCAUAUUCAAGGUCGCCCGUCUGACAAACGACAUCCUAUUCAUCAUCAAGUUCGCGAGUGUUCUCCGUGAGGGUAACCCCGCCCUGAGCUUGAUGGGCUUCGAGCACGUCAAUCCAUACCACAAGAUUGAGUGGUGCCUUCUUGUGGCUGAUAAUUGUUACGCUUCAGCCUUUUUCCUGUGGAAGAUCGGUACGGGCUCCUGGACUGCAAGAUCCUCAGGCAUCGUGUCUCAUGCCAAAGAUGCACUGACUCGACUAUUUUAUCUUGGAGCAGCAGGUUUUGUCCUCCCUUGCAUGCUUAGCGUUGGGCAAUUGAUAUUUGCCUUCCGAGGCAGUGGAGGCUAUGAUGGAAUCUACAUAUUCCUCACGAAUGUUUAUGUCGAGAUUAUCUGUUCUCUCGUGGCCACACUGUGGGCUGCCCAAAGCCGCUUCUCCGACCGAUACGCCCCCCAGCAAUCUGACGGAAACCGCAUCUCCUCCUUUAAAGUGAAAUCCCAUCAAAGCGACAUAACCAACGUGGAAGCAACAAAUGCUACGAUCCACCGAAACUCAUUGGAAGACGACAUUGUCGAAACCAACGGCGAUAUCGACCCACAUCGAGCUGAGGAAAUGUCGAAAGACAACGAAAAAGUCGUUUUGAACAACACGGGUGGCAAUAAGUGGGAGUUGAAUAUAGUGUGA